AUGGCGGACAAUGUGGAGCGGGCGGACGCGCUCCAGCUGUCGGCGGAGGAGUUCGUGGAGCGCUAUGAGAAGCCCUACAAGCCCGUGGUGCUGCUGAACGCGCAGGCGGGCUGGUCCGCCCAGGAGAAGUGGACGCUGGAGCGCCUGAAGCGCAAGUACCGCAACCAGAAGUUCAAGUGCGGAGAGGACAACGACGGCUACUCCGUGAAGAUGAAGAUGAAGUAUUACAUCGAGUACAUGGAGACCACGCGUGACGACAGCCCCCUCUACAUCUUCGACAGCAGUUACGGCGAGCACCCCAAGCGCAGGAAACUGCUGGAGGACUACAACGUGCCCAAAUUCUUCACUGACGACCUGUUCAAGUACGCGGGAGAGAAACGCAGGCCGCCUUACAGGUGGUUUGUGAUGGGCCCUCCUAGAUCAGGAACAGGAAUUCAUAUUGACCCCUUGGGAACUAGUGCCUGGAAUGCCUUGGUCCAGGGACACAAGCGCUGGUGUCUCUUUCCUACCAGCACGCCCAGAGAGCUGAUCAAAGUGACACGAGAGGAAGGAGGGAACCAGCAGGACGAGGCGAUCACUUGGUUCAACAUCAUUUAUCCUAGGACACAGCUCCCCACCUGGCCCCCUGAAUUCAAGCCCCUGGAAAUCUUACAGAAAUCUGGCGAGACUGUCUUUGUGCCAGGUGGCUGGUGGCAUGUAGUUCUCAAUCUCGACACAACCAUUGCCAUCACACAGAACUUUGCCAGCUGUACCAAUUUCCCUGUAGUAUGGCACAAGACAGUAAGAGGCAGGCCCAAACUCUCAAGGAAAUGGUACAGGAUUCUAAAGCAAGAGCAUCCUGAGCUGGCAGUGUUAGCUGAUUCAGUUGACCUACAAGAAUCUACAGGUAUCGCUUCUGAUAGCUCCAGUGAUUCUUCCAGUUCCUCUAGCUCCAGCUCCUCAGACUCCGAUUCAGAGUGUGAUUCUGGGUCUGAGACAGAGGGGAUGAUGCAUCGGAGGAAAAAGAGAAGAACCUGCAGCAUGAUGGGUAAUGGUGACACGACCUCUCAAGAUGACUGUGUGAGCAAAGAACGCAGCUCCUCCAGGAAGAAGAUCAAGACUCAGAAAGUGAGAAACUGGUAGUGAAGGAGCCUGAAGCUGAUGAUGCUGCCGAUGAAAAGUUCUCCUUUAAAUAUAGCCCUGGAAAGCUGAGGGGAAACCAGUAUAAGUCAAUGAUGACCAAAGAAGAACUCGAAGAGGAGCAAAGAACUGAAGACUAUAUGAAGUUGUCCCUAGCCUCCUCCUAAAGGCUUUUCCCUUGGCAUCUUAAAGGCUUGAGAGAGAUACCAAAACCAACCAAACACACACAAGAAAAAUCAGUAAACCCUCAAAACUUGGGACUUUCUCCUUGGCUGAAGUUGGGUUCUUCAAAAUAAUUCCUUGUGGUAUCAAGCUGGGGGAGAACCUGUUACUUGGGUCCCUGGAGUGGGCCAGACUGGAGUUGUGUUUGGGGGGUUGGGACCUCCUGAGGGACCAGGACCCCCAAACAGAACUGAAAGUGGACACCAAAUAUUCAAUGAGUCUGUUUAGCUGCGUUAAUCAUGUUGUGUUUGCCCUGUCUGAAUCCCAUAGUUCACCUUUUAGAGGGAAUGUUUAAAUAUCAGCUGUUAGCUUAGCUAAGCUCACAUGUUAUAUCAGACUCUCAACCCACUUCCUCCAGGGACCAAAUUCAUUCUUUAUCUUUGAACAAUAUAGCGUGUGAUUUCAAACACUGUGUAAAACUUUUUCUUGGGUGGGAGGCGGGUUGAGGGGAAGGGUCGCAGGCUCUAGCUGGACUGGCUUAAUUUUGCUCUGUAAUAAUUUUUGCAGAGAGAUGAUCUUUUAGGUUCGGUAGCAGGAAGACCAGAGAAGUGAAAAGCAUUGAUGUUUUAGCUCUUCUACUUGUGAGGACUUCCAUUGUGGGGGUCCAUGCCUCCUUAACAAUUGUUAAUGCUUGGAUUUGCUUUUCCUUAUUUUGGUCCCUUAAAGAAACAAACAUAAGGAAGUGGCCCUGAGACUGAGGGCUCCCUCUGGGUUACAGUGAGUUUUAGGGAUGCCGUAAGAGAUGUCCCAUUCCCUUCUCCAUUCCUUUCUGUUGCUAUUGCUGGCUCAGUGACUUAAUUGCUUUACCCAAGGCUGAGCACCUCUCCAGAACUGUCACGUAUAGAUGAUCCAUACUGCUGGGCAUCAGUGCCUGCUUCAUAGAGAUCAACUACAAGUAAGAUCAGGUUCUUUUGCAGGAAGUCCUUCCAUGGGAAUAAGGUCUUGAGUUCUCUACUGGUAGCACUUACUGUUCUGCAGAACUACCAGGCUAGGUUGGAACCUGUCCUCUUGAGUGUCCCUUCUUUAUGUGAGGAGGCUGCCUCUUAGCUAAAACAUUGAGCAUAUCAAAACCCAGGCUGCUUUGUUGUUCCUAUGCAGACAAUACUUGAAUCUAUUUUCUCUGUUGUGCUUUGUGAUGCCUAGGUUUUGGAGAAUAUUUGUCUGUAAAAAGGGCUUAUUAAAUGGACUGUAGAAAGCUUUAGCUUUAGAGGAAGCCAAAUUGCCCUUUCCAAGCCAGUAACUGCUAGCAUAUUCAAUGGAUUAUGUAUGAAUCCUAGAUACCUAAGGACACUCUGCUUCAGCAUAGCAACCAUUCCUGCCUUCUCUCUCCAUGCUGGCUGGCACAUAUGAUGUUCCAAGCACGUGACUAUGCAAAGAAUGCCUUAUAUACGUAUAUGUUUAAGUUAUAUGGCAAUAUGUACAUCGAGCAAGAAAAGUCUAUAGCCAAGCCCAGAUUUUGUUAGGGGUAGUGAGUUAAACUAUUUCUUCAACAAAAAGAAAAUGGCUUUCUGGGUAUUUUUUACUUUUUUUGUAUCUGAAGGUGGCUCUUAUACACAGGACUGUAAUUCUGGUGGCUUGAAACUGUAAAUUGCCUUUGUUUGGUCCAAUAAACCUUUGAAUAGUUCAUAUGGA